GAGAGCGCUAGCUGUGGCCAUGUCGUCGUCGUCGAACUCGAAGCAGGAGAAAAAGGAAGAAGAGGAGGAGGGUGAUGUGCCGCCGUGCAUGAAUGGCGACGUGGGGAGGGACGACGACAACAACGGCGGAGGAGGAGGCGAAGAAGAAGAAGAAGAAAGAGAAGGCGAGUUCGCGGCGGCGAUGGCGCAGCUGGCGCCGGAGGGCGUGCGGGCGCUGCACGCGCGGGUGGAGGCCGAGUGGGGCCCCGUGCUGCAGAGCGCGUGCCAGACGGCGGCGGCGCGGGCGCUCUGGGGCCGCGCGGUGCGCGACCCGGCUGCCGGGCUGCUGGCCGGGGAGCGCUACCUCAGGGGGCUUCGCGACAAGAUGCGGCGCGACGAGCAAGCCGGCGCGAGCGAGGUGCACGGGGUCAUGAUCGCCGUCAGGACGCUCUGGUUCGACGCCCGCGUCGAGGCCGCCGUCGCCGCGCUCGGCGGCGACCCGCAGGUCGUCAUCCUCGGUGCAGGGAUGGAUGCAAGAGCCUACCGGCUGAGCUGCCUAAAGGGAUGCACGGUAUUUGAACUCGACUUCCCGGAGCUCCUAGAACUGAAAUCCGACCUUCUGCGCGAGGCAGCGGCGAGUUCCGCAAGCCGCCAGAAACUCACCGUGGCGGCGAAAUCAUUGGCUAGGGUUCCUGCCAACAUACGAGACGGGGACUGGAUAGCGAAGCUGCAGAGCUGCGGGUACGUCCCCGGGAGGAACACCGUGUGGGUGCUCGAAGGCAUCAUCUACUACCUCCACCACGCGGACGCGAUGCAGGUCCUCGAGAGCAUCGCCGCCAGCCGCUCCUCGGCCAGCGCGGUGCUCCUGGUCGAUUUCAUGAACAAGAACGCGACGCUGCUCUCUCCGACGAUGUACCACUUCUACCAUGACAGCCCUGACCUCCUGCUGCCUUCUAUGGGGUUCUCCCGGGUGACGCUGACGCAGAUUGGAGACCCCGAAGCGCAUUUUGGGCUGCUGAGUCACCCGGAGAACCUGUUCGAUAAACUGAGGAAGCUGCCCAGGUCGGUGGAGAAAAAUCCCGACGACGGGACGCCGUGCUGCAGACUGUAUUUUGUGGAAGCCUCUGCCUCGCCCGAUGACCAGAUCAUGUGUCCGCUCAAUCGUUACUUGGAAAUGGAAUAGCUGCAUUACCUCUUUCUUUUUCAUCUCGUGGUGUGCGCAAUUCAUUAGCAUUCAAACCCUGAUAUGAUUCUUGU